AAAGGGAGGUUUCAGGGAAAGAGAUGUUGUCAGAAAAGGGAAGAUUGUUGGGAAAGGAAGAGUUAUCAGAGAACGGAAAAUUGUUGGAACUAGGUAAAGUUGUCAGGGAAAGGAAGGUUGUCGGGGAAGAGAUGAUUAUUGGGAGAAAGGGUUAUUAG